AUGAAGUUCGCCACCAGUCUCGCUUCCCUUGCUCUUCUUGCCAGCAGCACAUUGGCUUUGACCAUCAACACACCCCCUUAUGCCUACACGUGUUUCAAUACACUUGUUACUUGGAGCGGUGGAGAAAGCCCAUACACUUUGAGUGUCACCAAACCCGACAACGUCAAUGAAGUUUAUGAUACAUACACUGGUCUGACAGGCGACUCCUACGAAUGGGGUGUCAACAUAGCUCCGAGCACUGUAGUCAAGCUGGUCCUCCAGGACAGCAAUGGCUCUGAAGCACGAAGCGAAGCUUUCACCCUCUCCGUUAAACCCGGAACUGCUCCUCCCGGUUCAAAUUUUGACGGUGAUUGCGAUAACCAAAGGAGAUAUAUAUCUAAAUUACUUUCUUGCCUAUGGAAGCAAAAUUAUCCUUCAAGAAUGGGCUUUGAGAGCUAUAUAAUGUUGAGUAGCAUGAUAAAACCUAUCAUGGAAGUGGUGAACGUGAUUAUCAAAUUCCCAAAUAUGUUCCAAACGCCGUUGCUUCCCUGUCGAGAUGUGUUGAAAGGACAAGAGUCAUUCGAGGUCAUCGAGCACGUCAAUAGGAUAUACCCGAUGCUGUCCUUUGUCGAGACGGCUUUCGACGUUGAUGGCGUCCGGCAAAUGGCGCCGGCGUGGUAUUCUAUCUCGAAUGACCAUUAUUUCCGCGUAGAUGCACGGUGA